CUCCUCCUCUUACAUUAAGGUAUAAGCAUCAUCAUAUAUGCAUAUAUCAUAAAUGUACAAACACUACACAAACAAGGAAUUGUUCUCUUUUCUUCUCUCAAGGGAUAAAGAGAUUAGAAGAGAAGAAGCUCUUCUUCGAAGCAAUAAGAACUCAUCAUCAACAUGGCGGCGGGGGAACAAGAAGAGCAAAGAAGCCUUCAAGAAACACCAACAUGGGCUGUCUCAAUCUGCUGUUUCUUCUUUAUUUUGUUAUCUUUGUCCAUUGAAGUUGGUUUACACAAAUUGAGUGCGAUUUUGAAGAAAAAUAAUCGAAGGUCCCUAGGGAAGGCUUUGGCUAAGAUCAAAACAGAGAUGAUAAAAUAUGGAUUCAUAUCGUUUCUUCUGACAAUAUCGCAACAAAUACCGUUAUCCAAAAUCUGUGUGAGAGAGGCUGUGGCAAAUUCUUUCCUACCAUGUAGCGACCCACCAUUGAUGAGGAGCUUAACAGAAGAGGUAGCUUCUUGGGACUUUGGAGAAGAAAAAGGACGUUCAUUAAAUGCAACAGCAAACGAGGUCAACUAUUGUGAAUCAAAGGGCAUGGUUAGUCUGAUCUCGGAUGAUGGAAUCCAACAAUUAAAUAUCUUCAUCGUAUUUCUGGCGGUUUUUCAUAUAUCGUCCUGCACUCUAACAAUGUGUCUUGGAAUGGCCAAGAUGAGAAGAUGGAAAAAAUGGGAGAACGAGACUCAAACACUUGAAUACCAAAUAGCUCAUGAUUCCAGUAGGUUCCAAUAUACCCGUCAAACAUCGGUUGGCAAGCGUCAUUUGAACUUUUGGAGUAAUUAUUCUCCCUUACUUUGGAUGGUUUGUUUUUUGAGGCAAUUCUAUAGGUCAGUCUCAAAAGAUGAUUACUUCACUCUCCGAAAUGGAUUCAUUGCAGCUAAUAUUUCUGUAGGGGGCAAUUUCAACUUCAUGAAGUUUCUUUCCCGUACUUAUGAUCAGGAUUUUGAGAAGAUUGUUCGAAUCAGGUCUUGGAUCUGGAUUUUCUCCAUACUUUUCAUAUUCUUCUCUGCUCAUGAGUUCUAUAAUCAUUACUGGCUUCCAUUUAUUCCCCUUGUGGUUGCUAUAAUUGGCGGGACAAAACUGCAAGUGGUUAUAACGAACAUGUGCGUGGAUAGUGUGAAGGAAAAGGCAGUUAUCAAAGGAACUAUUCUUGUGAAACCCAACGAUGACUAUUUCUGGUUUGGUAGACCUGAAUGGCUUCUCUAUUUAAUUCAGUUCAUCCUUCUUCAGACCUCCUUUCAACUAGCAUUCUUUGCCUGGACUUGGUAUGAAUUCGGUCCAAGAUCAUGCUUUAAUCGAGAAGUAGAAAGCAUUGCCAUACAUGUUAUCAUGGGCGUAACUGUGCAGAUCCUCUGUGGUUAUGUCACUCUACCCCUUUAUGCUCUUGUUACUCAGAUGGGUUCUGGCAUGAGGAGUGCUGUAUUCACAGAGCGCGUAACUGAAGGCCUUAAAAGUUGGCACAAAAGGGCCAAACAAUCAGUUUCAAACAACAAUUCAACUUCAAGCAAAUACUUAGCUUCUUUACAUUCCAGAAAAAGUGAAUCUUCAAUAAAAGAGAAUCUAAGCAACCGAGGUGAUUCAAGAGAAUCUAAUGAAAACACAAUGCACCCUCUUCCACUACCUUUGGCUAGUGGAAGUGGUGAAGAAGAGGAAGAGAGUACUACAGGUGAAACACAAGAGGAAGAAAUAUCAACUCAUUCCAUUUCAGAAAUCAAAACUGUUGAGGAAGAAGAGAAUGAGAAUAAUAACGACAACAACAAUCAGAUUAUUGUAAGAGGAGGAACAUUUAUUGGAGAAGCCUCUUUUGGAAGUAGCUGGAAAAAUAUGGACAGUCCAAGAACCAUUAUUUCAAAAAUUGGUUCCGUAACCGAAGAAGAUGACAACAUUAGUGACAUAUACCUCACUUGAUUUUCUAAUCAGUAUUAUUUAUCUGGCGGAAAUAUUUCUGUGUAAGAUAAGUUAUAUCACGACACAAGAUUUAUUUGAGUUGAGAACUUGUGGAGAAACUUGAUAAUCGGAACGGCAGGCCGGCUAGCUCUGAUGAAAUCUUGAACUUUGGCAGUGCUAGGAAUUAGUUAACACUGACUAUAAAAUAUAAAUACUACCUUGUACAUUCAACUGAGAUUAGAUUAGUUCAAUUCAGAUCAUUUUCAA